GAUAUAUCAUUCCCUGCCUUCAACUUUUGUAAGACUUUCUUCCACCCAGAGUAUCAGUUAGUCUGUGUCACUGAGGGGCUUGCUGAUGUUAAUGAUGAAUCAACCAUGGAUUGCUUGUCGACGGCUCACUUUGGAUUACUGUGUCUAUAUAUGGGAGAUUUAGAAAGAGCGAAGGAGUGUGGAGAGGGCUUGUUAAAAUUGAUGGCGGCACAACCAAAUUUUGAGAAGGAAGUGCUUUUGCGGAUGUCUGUGAAAACUGGUACCCUUUUAGAAAACCCACCUGUGAAUAUGGAACCAUUCUAUAUAGUGAAAAGAGAUUCUCCAAAUCAGCUAUACUUUUUCCUUGGUUACCAUGGAAUUUUUAUGGUAAAGUUAUUCCAGACGACAAAAGAUCAGAAAUUUUUGGAAAGUGCAAAAGCAGUUAUAGACUUUUCUCUGACGUGUCACGAAAGUAUCUGUAUUUUUAGUUUUAGCCACACAGUGGCGUAUGCUGCAGCACUUUUGGCAGUUGAAACAAAAGAAGUGAAGUAUCGCAGAUUUGCUAUUGGGAUUGGAGAGUAUUUAAUCUCUAUUCAAACUAAAGAAGGUUUUUUCUGUAAAGAAAUGGAUCUGAUAGAUAGAUAUGAUCAGACAGCAGAAAUAGCAAUUUGGUUAAAAGAACUAAACAAUGAACUGAAAAAAAUUGUUAGUUGAUACCAAGCGCAAAGAUAUAUUUAUUUUUAACUCAAGUAACUGAAAUUUUUCUAAUAGUUCUUUCAUCAGCCUAUGCAUUAAAGUUUUGCAUGUAAGCUGGCAAUUUUUAACCUUCACAGAUAUAUUCAGCAUCAAGAGAUGACUUCACAAGACAAGUUACAUAACUCUAGUUUUUAUUACCUCACGGAUCACACAGUGACAGGGUGAGCUUUUGUGAUCGCAUUUUGUUCGUCGUCUGUCGGUCCGCUCACAAUUUCUUGUGGACAUGAUAGAGACCACAUUUUGCAAUCAGUCUUAAUCGAACAUGCACACAACUUGUAUUGGCGUAAUUUCUUGGUUCCUUUCUAAAACUGGCCAGAUCCCAUUGUGCUUCCCGAGUUUCGGCCUCUUAAAGGCCAAAAUGUGCUAUUUUGGUUUUGUGAACACGAUAGAGACUGCAUUUUGUAAUGGAUUUAAAUCAAACUUGCACACAACUUGUAUUGACAUAAUAUCUUGGAUUCUUUCGAAAACUGGUCAGAUCCCACCAUGGCUUCCAGAGUUAUGGCCCCGUAAAGGGCAAAAAUUUGCUAUUUUGGCAUUUGCAGCAAUAUAGAGACUUCAUUUAUAGUUUGAUUUGAUACAAAUUUGCAAAAUAUCUUUAGCAACAAUAUAUCUUGGAUUCCAUGAUGAAUCUGUCAGAUCCAAUAUUAGGUUCUGGAGUUAUGGCCCUUGAAAGAGCCAAAAUUUAUUAAUUUUUACCUUGUGAACAUGAAAUAAGUGACAUUUUACAUUCGGUUUUAACCACACUUACACACACAAUAAGAUCUCAGUUCCUUUCGAAAACUGGCUAGAUUCCAUCAUGGGUUCUAGAGUUACUGCUCCUAAAUGGGGCACAAUUUUCUGUUUUGACCUUUUCAGCCAUAUAGAGGUUUCAUUUAUGCUUUGAUUUAAGAGAAAACCAUGUUGUUUAAAUUCUAUUACUUUCCUUAUGUAAACAUGUAAUCUUCUUAAAUAUCUUUGAUUUACAUUUGCUAUUUUUAAUUGUAAUCCCUUUCAUGUCUUUGAUUUACUUUCGUUGAUUUGUGUUUACUGUAUAUUAUGUACAUUUGAGGCUCAAAGGGAAGACUGGGUAUACCCGUGUUGCCUCGUUAAAUAAAGACUUUAUUAUUAUUGUUAUUAUUAUAGUCUUGCACAGAAUGUUUAUCUUGAUCAGCUCUAAGCCAGUUUGAAACUGGGUCAUGUGGGGUCAAAAACUAGGUCACCUGCUCAAAUCAAAGGUAAAGCUUGUUUAUACUCUGUGGGUCAUAUUAAUAAUUCUAUCUUCAUGAAAUUUGGUAAGAAUGUUUAUCUUGAUGAUUCCCAUGCCAGGUUUGAAACUGGGUCAUGUUGGGUCAAAAACUAGGUCACAACUCAAUUCAAAGGAAAAGCUUGUUAACACUGUAGAGGUCACAUUUAUGACCCCAUCUUCAUGAAACUUGGUUAGAAUGUUUAUUUUGAUGAUUCCAAGGUAAAGUUUAACAGGUGAAUGAUAUAGGGUCGUCUUGACCCUCUUGUUUUGUUAUAAUAUUCCUUUUUAGCUUGACUGCGUCUGCAUCCUUCUGCAUCCAUACCUUAGUUAAAGUUCUGAUGCUUUUUCUCCCUGUAAUUCCUUGAUUAAUUUGCUUCAAAUAGUUUUACCUCAUCAUCACCCUGAUCAUAUGACAUAGGUCUGUACCUCUGACACAUUUAUCUAGAAUUUUAGAUUAGGCCUAAUUUUGAUUUAUUUUCACAUCAUCUCUGUUAUUUUAGAAGGGAUUUGAUUCAAACUUGAACUAAUUGUUCCACAUCAUUUGACACAAGAGCCAUAACUCUGGCACCAAUAUUUAAUGAAUUAUCCCCCUUUUUACUUAAAAUUUCAGGUUAAAGUUUUGAUGCACUUGCACUCUAUCUUUGUUGUUAUCAAUUGGAUUUAAUUAAAACUUAAAAUAGU